CACAUUAAUCAGAUCCAGAAAGCCCUUACAAAAUUCCCUCCCUCCUUUCCUUUUUGCCAACCACCUCCCUAAAAUGACGAAAACAACCGUAAUCCUCCUCUUCUUCUUCCUCUCCAUCCUCUCAUCCGCCACGGCGGAGAUCAAAACUCUGACCAUCAAGUCCGACUCCCGCCCGAUGAUCCUCUUCGAGAAAUUUGGCUUCACCCACACCGGUCACGUCACCAUCUCCGUCUCCUCCGUCUCCGUCUCUUCCUCUUCCAACGCCCCCAACCCCUCCCCUUCCCUCCUCGGUUUCUUCCUUCUAUCCGAAGAAUCUCUCCUCCAGGUCCUUCUCGAGAUCCAACAAAAUUCCCACUUUUGCGUCCUCAACUCCCGCUACAUCCAACACCUCUUCACCUUCAGCGAACUCUCACCGCCUCCCCUCUCCCGCUUGAACCGCUCUUACCCCGUUUCUUCCCCCAAUGAAUACUCUCUCUUCUUCUCCAACUGCGCCCCCGAAACGCGCGUUUCUAUGGACGUCAUUACCGAAAUCUACAACCUCGACCGCGACGGUUCUAAGGAUUACCUCUCCGCCGGCCAGAAACAGCUCCCUUCUCUUUACACCGUCUUCUCUGUCCUCUACUUGUUCUUCUUGGCUUAUUGGGUCUACGUUUGUUACACUAACAGACGAUGCGUACACCGGAUCCAUUUAUUAAUGUCCGGGUUGCUCUUAUUCAAAGCUUUGAAUCUGAUCUGCGCCGCCGAAGAUAAGCAUUACGUUAAGGUUACCGGAACUCCUCAUGGUUGGGAUGUUUUGUUCUACAUUUUCCAGUUUAUUCGUGUCGUUUUGUUAUUUACUGUCAUCGUUUUGAUCGGCACCGGUUGGUCGUUUUUGAAACCCUUUUUGCAAGAAAGGGAGAAGAAGGUCUUGAUGAUCGUGAUACCGCUUCAAGUUUUGGCUAAUAUUGCGUCGGUUGUGAUCGGAGAGACAGGGCCGUUUAUUAAAGAUUGGGCAACGUGGAAUCAGGUAUUCUUGCUAGUUGAUAUUAUCUGCUGUUGCGCCAUUAUUUUCCCAAUUGUUUGGUCUAUUCGUUCGUUGAGGGAAACUUCGAAAACUGAUGGGAAGGCUGCGAGGAAUUUGGCAAAGUUAACUCUGUUUAGGCAGUUUUACAUCGUGGUGAUUGGAUAUCUAUAUUUUACGAGAAUUGUGGUGUUUGCUUUGAGGACGAUUGCAGCUUACAAGUAUCAAUGGGUGAGCAAUGCAGCGGAGGAGACUGCAUCAUUGGCGUUCUAUUUGAUUAUCUUUUACAUGUUUAGGCCGGUGGAGAAAAAUGAGUACUUUAUUCUUGAGGAAGAAGAUGAAGAGGCUGCUGAGCUGGCUCUUAGAGAUGAAGAUUUCGAGCUUUGAGAACCUGGGGGCUGUUGAUAAGUGAAUUGGUAUAAAGGGUUACUCUGGAUUUUUACCUUUGAUGCAAAUUGGGAUAAUUUUGCAGGUUUUUUUGUGUAAACUUUACAGAUACAAAUUGCUUCAUCUGGUCUGCAACUUGCUGCUGCUCGUCUCCUUACUGCUACAGUUUUGUUUAACUUGUUCCAUUUGUUACUCUAUUUCUGCUUAAUGAAAUUGUUAUCAAGCUCAUAAUGGAAGUUGCACUCAAUUCAAUUUAA